CUUAUAACCCGGAAGUAACCAACAAAUUACUCUCUGACGAAGGAGUAUGUAACCAGCGAUUUAAACCAGGUGGUUGACGCGUGCAGCCGAAGAUGAGCGUCACGUUGGACAUACGGCUUAAAAGAGCGAACAAAGUCUACCAUGAGGGGGAGUCUGUGGCCGGCAUCAUUGUUCUGUCCUGCAAGGAGACUGUGCAACAUCACGGCAUCUCCCUCAGCAUGGAUGGCAUGGUCAACCUGCAGCUGAGCUCCAAGAGUGUGGGCGUCAUAGAGGCUUUCUACAAGUCUGUCAAGCCUAUUCAGCUCAUCAGUUGUAACAUUGAGGUGGCCAAGGCGGGGAAAAUCCCAGGGGGCAAGACAGAGAUUCCCUUUGAGUUCCCUCUGACUACAAAAGGCAACAAAACCUUGUACGAAACCUACCACGGAGUCUUUGUCAACAUCCAGUACACCCUCCGCUGUGACUUGAAGCGCUCCCUGCUGGCCAAAGACCUGAGCAGGAAUUGUGAGUUCAUUGUGCACAGUCAGCCACAGAAAGCAAAGGUUGCAGCCACCCCGAUCAACUUCACCAUCACUCCAGACACCCUGCAGAACAUCCGCGAGCGGAGUUUACUCCCCAAGUUUCUAAUCCGAGGCCACCUGGACUCCACCACGUGCAUCAUAAGCCAACCGUUGACUGGCGAGGUAGUGGUGGACUCCUCUGACGUUCCCAUCAAGAGCAUCGAACUACAGCUUGUUCGAGUGGAGACCUGCGGCUGCGCUGAAGGCUACGCCCGAGACGCCACAGAGAUCCAGAACAUCCAGAUAGCUGAAGGUGAUGUGUGCCGCGGACUGCCCAUUCCCAUCUACAUGGUGUUUCCCAGGUUGUUCACCUGUCCCACCCUGGAGACCACCAACUUCAAAGUCGAGUUCGAAGUCAACGUUGUCAUCGUACUUCACGACGACCAUCUAAUCACAGAGAACUUCCCUCUGAAGCUGUGCAGAGUCUGAGUGUGCAGAGGAUUCCUCUCGGACAAUAACAUUUAUUGAUGCAGUUUUUCAGCAACAAUGUCGUAGUUUUGCAUGUUUGUUAUGCGUACUCUGCUUUCAAUGACCUGGCCACGCUCCUUGCCACAUUUAUGUUAACUUUCUGCUUCUUUUGUUCAAGAUUGGCUGAUAUAUUAGAAGCUAUUUAUGUUUUAAGUUAUGAUUUGUCGGUGACAAGGGUAGCAGCACACACAUGGAUUUUUCUUGGGUAGAUCUUUGAAGGUGUCCAGCUUAAUUCUGAGAUGCUUCAAGACGGCGUCAUCGAAAGACGUAUUGUUCGUCCUCACAGCUUUCACCAGCUUUUGCGAAGUGCCGAAGUCCACCAUGAGGUUCUUGACCAGACCUGUUACCACCUCCUCCAACUGUGCCAUGGUUUGGAUUUUGUUUAUGUGCUUGGGGCUGAUUUCUUCCAUGGUCCUGGAUGACAGAUGGUCGCUUACCAGGAGGAGGGUGUCCCUCUUCAGCAACUUCUUGCUUUUCUUCGGUAGUCUCUGUGCCAGCUUGGCGGUCAGCGUAUAGGCCAGGAGUUGAGUUAACUCCUUAAAUAGCGGCAUGUCUAAUGUCUCUGUACGGCGUUUAGAAAUGUCUUGUGUUCGGGAAGGUGCUGAAAUGCUCUCUUGAGAGUACUCUUCUAGAUUUGUUUCCUCUUCAGAUGUGUCCACAUUUUCACGUGUCAUCUGCAAUUUAGGAGGCUUCACCUUCUCAGCAUCUUCAUCUGUGUUGAGGGCGGUAACCAC